UCCAUUUUCCAUAACAAAAAAAAAAAAAAAAAAAAACCCCGAAAAAUAGCAGAAGAAAAAGAUGAAUGCUCCUGAUCGUUACGAGCGUUUCGUUGUUCCUGAAGGAACCAAAAAGGUAUCUUAUGAGAGGGACACAAAGAUCAUAAAUGCGGCUUCUUUCACCAUUGAAAGAGAGGAUCAUACUAUAGCCAACAUUCUCCGCAUGCAACUUCAUAGAGACCCUAAUGUGUUAUUUGCUGGAUACAAGCUUCCUCACCCUCUUCAGUACAAAAUUAUUGUCAGGAUACAUACCGCUAGUCAAUCUUCACCAAUGCAGGCAUACAAUCAGUCAAUUAAUGAUCUAGAUAAGGAACUUGAUCAAUUGAAGAAUGGCUUUGAGGCAGAGUUGUUGAAGUUCUCAAAGGACUAUUGAUUUACAGUCAAGAUAGAAUUUGUGUGCAUUAGAAACCUUUGUAGAUAUUGAGACAGAAGAUCACUCCUGCAUAAUGGAAUUUAUAUAUGAUAUUGUGUUUUAUGAGAUUUGUGAAUGAUGCUUUUGUUGGACUGAGAACUUUUCAUUACAGUUGUGAACAAUUUUAAAGCUGACACACUGAGUGGUAUCGUGACAUCUUAUAAUCUUACUGGUAAUUUUGUGUUUGUGAAA